UAGUUUUUCCUCUUUCUCUUACGGCUCAGCGUCGUACGUCGUCCUUCUCCUUCGAUCCCUUCCCCCUUCGCCUUCGAAUCUAUCCUCCAAUCCCUCUCCCCGGCGCCUACUACUCGGACUUCUCCGCAAAAAUCCCAACUUGGUCUCUGCCCUGCUGUCGAUCCAUUUGCGCCGCCCUUCCGCCACGUGAUUCGCAGAUCAAUGCGGCGCCUUGGUCCGCAGGGAGCAGUCUCCCGCCUCCUCGGUGCCCGUUUAUCAUGAAAGAUUGGAUUCGGGAGGCAGCGUGAGGGACUUAAGAAGAGACUUGGUCGACGGAAUGGCGGCGGCCGCGGUAGCGGCAGUGGUGACGGUGAAGCGGAAGUUGCUGGUAGCGUGCAUGACGUGCCCAGUCUGCCACAAGUUAAUCCGGGAUGCCACCACCAUCUCUGAGUGCCUGCAUACGUUUUGCAGGAAGUGUAUAUAUGAAAAACUCACAAGUGAAGAAGUAGAUUGCUGUCCUAUAUGUAAUAUUGAACUGGGUUGUGUCCCUAUUGAAAAGCUAAGAGCUGACCACAAUCUACAAGAUUUGAGAUCUAAGAUAUUUCCUUUCAAAAGGAGAAAGAUUGAAGCUCUUGAAAAUUUUCCUCUUGUAACAUUUCCUGCUAAAAGAAAAGAAAGAUCACUUUCAUCGUUAGUAGUCGACACUCCUCAAAUAGCAGCACAGACAGCUUUGCAUGGAAGGCGAACAAGAGCUGCUGCUAGAAAGGCUGCAACAUUUUGUGGACAAAGUCCGGAUAUUCAAGAAUCCAUAAAGAGGAUGGAUGAUAAAAAUCUUGAUGACCUUCCUGAAAACUCAUCUGCUAAUCCAAAUAAGCUGAACCCUUGUAGAAAACAGACUUCUUCAAAUAUGGAGCCAUUCAGCACUACUCCUAUCAAACAUUCAUCGAGUGGAGGGGACUCCUUUCGGAAUAAGACUGAGCCCUGGAAACCUUUAGAUUGUCUAGCUGAAGUGGCAAAGUCUUUUAAGUCCAGUCCACAGAAUCCUGUUAUCAAUGCAGAACUCAUCAGUGCACAGAAUGGUGAAGCUAAUAUUGGUCAAACUAGGUCACACAAACUCAAAGUCAAGGACGAGAAAAAUGACAUCAUCCAAAUGCCUCUUGUAUCAGCAAAAUCUAAAAGGUUUCAAGGGAUCAAUGGAAAACAGAAGGGUACUAUGUCAUCAUCUCAAGCACCAAUUGAUGCAACAACUGGGCCAUGUGACAGAAGAAUUUGCCCAAUAUGGUUUCAGUUAAUUGCUUCCUUAAACCAGGAAGGAGAUUCACCUCUUCCCCAGAUACCAAAUAGUUAUUUGAGGAUUAAAGAUGGCAAUGUACCUGUUUCUUGUAUCCAGAAGUACCUUGUCAGGAAGCUUGACCUUCACAGUGAAACCGAGGUGGGUAUCAUGUUCCGCGGUCAGGCAGUGAGCCCGACUACAUCUUUACACAAGUUGCUGGUUCAAUGGCUAAGAGUGGGCUCAUCACAAAGAUUGCCAACCUCCGCCGGAACCUCAGGCAAGGAGUUUGUCAUGGUGCUAGCCUACAGUCGAUCCAAGGUGGACAUUCCAGCUUAACGAACGAUUGACAAUUUCUUUUGAACUCUUAGCUGAUCCUCUACCAUUUGUUCAUUGAAUCGUUGUACGCGAUCUUGUUUAUUGCUUUGUGGCUCUCGUACUAAAUCUGUGAUAUAAUAGUGAUUCAGAGGCCAACCAAAGUAAACUAAAUAUUUUGUAUUCUUUAUCAUACAAUUUUAUUUUCUUCGCAUCUCAAAAGAGUUAACAAAUAAUAAAGGAUUCAAUGAUUAUGUUCUAAC